AUGAGCUUCCCUCUCACUCACUUUGCGUGUUGCAAGGAACUUGCCUCAAAUCGGCGUUCGCCUUCAGUUAUGAGAAGUUCUGACGGCAAUGAGGAGGCCCCAGGCUCUCCUGCGGCUGGUGGCGAGCGCAGCAACUGUGCGUACACCGCAAAGUCUUUGAAGCUGGCAGAGAAGGCCGAAGACGCUUCUCCUGUUGCAGCAGCACAAAUAUUCCGCAUCAAUUCGGAGCAGGCGAUUGAGGAGGUCAGUAACCCUAUCUGCUCUGCUGCUGCUUCCUUCUCCCCUCCUCUUCAAGAGCAGCAGGAGACAGACAAGAUCUACUGCGAGGGCCUCCAUGCGCAAUGUACCCAAAUGUCGUUAACACCCCGACAGCCCUUCGAAUCUGGGGGCCUCAUGAAUCCCUCUAGUCCACCCGGUCUCUCUGUACCGGCGGAGAGUAGCAGUGUACAGACACCAGCGACAACGAUUGCAUGCAAUCAAGCAGCUACUUGCUCCGACGUAGUCGUAAGACAUGACAGCAGUUCGCUGAUGAGUCCCGUUGCUGCUGCUGCUUCUGCUGCUACUACUGCUGCUGAAGGUAGGCUGCAAACGGAGGUAAAGUCCCUCUGUCACGACGAGAGCCUGUCCCCUUGCAGCCUUCAGAGAAGUCCAGCAGCACAGCUGCCCAAAGAGCAGCAACAACAGCAGGUGCAGCAGCAGCAACAGCAGCAGCAGAUGCAGAUGCCGACACAGGCAGAGUUGGGGGGGGACAGCCUUUCAGCUUCCGGAGGCCUCCCCGCGGCGGUUACCGGAGGAGCGAUCGCUGAUGCAGAGGGAAGCAGCAGCAGCAGCAGCAGUCUUCAGUGGCUGACAGCGGCAGUUCAGGAGGAGCGAGGGACUCGCCAAGGGGAGCGGGGCUCUGAAUUGGAGGAGGAGACAGACGAGACAGACACUAGCGGGCUGCUGUUAAGGGGCCCACAGGAGACGCAAACGAAGGAGAGAGUCAAGAGAGACUCUGACGAAAACAAAGUGAAGGCCGAGGAGCAUAUCAGAGACAGGCAACAGCGGCAGGGGGAGGCGAACGGACACGAGGCCCAUGAGCCAACGUCCCCAGGAAGAAUACGCCAGCACAUGGAGGAGCUUGAAGCUGACGGAGAAGCAUCAGCAGCAGAUGCUGCAGAAGCAGAUGCAGGAGCACAAGAUGCUGCAAUAGCAGAUGCUGCUGCUGCUGCUGUUGGGGACGCGAAGGAAAGUGGCGGAGAGAGGGAUGUGUUGGUUCUGCUUGAAGGGGAGAAACAGCAACAGGGAGUUGGGUCGCGGUGGACAAUAGAGAGAGACUCAGGCGACAGCAGAGCGGCGAGGGUAUUUAGAGAAGACGCAGAGACGGAAACGAGAGGGAAGAGCAUUGAACAAGAGAGAAGAAGGGAGGUGGGGGCUUCAUCAACUCUUUUAGAUAGUGAAAGCAUCUGGCACCGACGCACACAGCCGGAGAAGGAACAGGAGAACCCGUGGGAGGUGCCUUACGAAGUGUUUGUUCGCCGCCGAAUGCUAGCAAAGAGGCACAGCGCAGCAGAAGAGGCUGUGCAGGCAACACAGCUAGCUUCAGUCUUGGAGCGUUACGAGCAUAAAGGGGAGGCGAAGGCGAGUGCAUGCACAGGAGGAGGUGAUGAGUUUCCCCUUGAGGCAUCCCACAUAGGAGCGCUGCACGCGCAGCCUUCCGAAGAUCAGCCGAGAAGGGGCCCCCCAGAGUGGAAGGCCCCUUCUGUCCUUCCAUCUGGCUGUGACCUCGUGACAUACGUUCAACUUCGUGAUGGAGAGCAGCAGGAACACCAUGCGCUGCACUGCAGAGAUACCCGAACUCUGGAGAGGGGCCCCUUGAACUUCAGCGAUGUGUUCGCCUUCAUUCGAUGGGUGCAUGAUGCGCAGGACGGGUCCCCCUGCUCCCUUCCUGCUGAUGUGGCCAGCAGCAGCCGCAAGAAGUCUUCGCGGCAAGCGACCACAGAAACAAAGCAGACACAAGCACCACCUCCCCCGCAGAGACAACCAGUGUGCGCGUUUCCUCGGCCCGAUGCUGAGGUAGAUACUUUCUUUGACCCCAAUGAACCACCCCAAGAAGGCCCCCUUGGAAACUUGCAGUUCACAGACACCACCCAAGACCCCUGGGCAGACACUGCAGCGGCUGCCGAACAACAGGGGCCUCCGACAGCUGCAGGCGUGCCAGCUGAAGAAUACACAGGACCUGAGAAAGGGGGCCAGCGGGGAGGCGAGAAGGACGUUGAUUCCCCUUUCAAUAACUUAGCGGCUGAACAUGCUUCGGCGCGGAAACAAUAA